AUGGAGUCUAAAAAUAGACUGAAGAGAAAGAAGCGCGACAGAAAGAAGCGCGACAGAAAGAAGCGCGACAGAAAGAAGCGCGACAGAAAGAAGCGCGACAGAAAGAAGCGCGACAGAAAGAAGCGCGACAGAAAGAAGCGCGACAGAAAGAAGCGCGACAGAAAGAAGCGCGACAGAAAGAAGCGCGACAGAAAGAAGCGCGACAGAAAGAAGCGCGACAGAAAGAAGCGCGACAGAAAGAAGCGCGACAGAAAGAAGCGCGACAGAAAGAAGCGCGACAGAAAGAAGCGCGACAGAAAGAAGCGCGACAGAAAGAAGCGCGACAGAAAGAAGCGCGACAGAAAGAAGCGCGACAGAAAGAAGCGCGACAGAAAGAAGCGCGACAGAAAGAAGCGCGACAGAAAGAAGCGCGACAGAAAGAAGCGCGACAGAAAGAAGCGCGACAGAAAGAAGCGCGACAGAAAGAAGCGCGACAGAAAGAAGCGCGACAGAAAGAAGCGCGACAGAAAGAAGCGCGACAGAAAGAAGCGCGACAGAAAGAAGCGCGACAGAAAGAAGCGCGACAGAAAGAAGCGCGACAGAAAGAAGCGCGACAGAAAGAAGCGCGACAGAAAGAAGCGCGACAGAAAGAAGCGCGACAGAAAGAAGCGCGACAGAAAGAAGCGCGACAGAAAGAAGCGCGACAGAAAGAAGCGCGACAGAAAGAAGCGCGACAGAAAGAAGCGCGACAGAAAGAAGCGCGACAGAAAGAAGCGCGACAGAAAGAAGCGCGACAGAAAGAAGCGCGACAGAAAGAAGCGCGACAGAAAGAAGCGCGACAGAAAGAAGCGCGACAGAAAGAAGCGCGACAGAAAGAAGCGCGACAGAAAGAAGCGCGACAGAAAGAAGCGCGACAGAAAGAAGCGCGACAGAAAGAAGCGCGACAGAAAGAAGCGCGACAGAAAGAAGCGCGACAGAAAGAAGCGCGACAGAAAGAAGCGCGACAGAAAGAAGCGCGACAGAAAGAAGCGCGACAGAAAGAAGCGCGACAGAAAGAAGCGCGACAGAAAGAAGCGCGACAGAAAGAAGCGCGACAGAAAGAAGCGCGACAGAAAGAAGCGCGACAGAAAGAAGCGCGACAGAAAGAAGCGCGACAGAAAGAAGCGCGACAGAAAGAAGCGCGACAGAAAGAAGCGCGACAGAAAGAAGCGCGACAGAAAGAAGCGCGACAGAAAGAAGCGCGACAGAAAGAAGCGCGACAGAAAGAAGCGCGACAGAAAGAAGCGCGACAGAAAGAAGCGCGACAGAAAGAAGCGCGACAGAAAGAAGCGCGACAGAAAGAAGCGCGACAGAAAGAAGCGCGACAGAAAGAAGCGCGACAGAAAGAAGCGCGACAGAAAGAAGCGCGACAGAAAGAAGCGCGACAGAAAGAAGCGCGACAGAAAGAAGCGCGACAGAAAGAAGCGCGACAGAAAGAAGCGCGACAGAAAGAAGCGCGACAGAAAGAAGCGCGACAGAAAGAAGCGCGACAGAAAGAAGCGCGACAGAAAGAAGCGCGACAGAAAGAAGCGCGACAGAAAGAAGCGCGACAGAAAGAAGCGCGACAGAAAGAAGCGCGACAGAAAGAAGCGCGACAGAAAGAAGCGCGACAGAAAGAAGCGCGACAGAAAGAAGCGCGACAGAAAGAAGCGCGACAGAAAGAAGCGCGACAGAAAGAAGCGCGACAGAAAGAAGCGCGACAGAAAGAAGCGCGACAGAAAGAAGCGCGACAGAAAGAAGCGCGACAGAAAGAAGCGCGACAGAAAGAAGCGCGACAGAAAGAAGCGCGACAGAAAGAAGCGCGACAGAAAGAAGCGCGACAGAAAGAAGCGCGACAGAAAGAAGCGCGACAGAAAGAAGCGCGACAGAAAGAAGCGCGACAGAAAGAAGCGCGACAGAAAGAAGCGCGACAGAAAGAAGCGCGACAGAAAGAAGCGCGACAGAAAGAAGCGCGACAGAAAGAAGCGCGACAGAAAGAAGCGCGACAGAAAGAAGCGCGACAGAAAGAAGCGCGACAGAAAGAAGCGCGACAGAAAGAAGCGCGACAGAAAGAAGCGCGACAGAAAGAAGCGCGACAGAAAGAAGCGCGACAGAAAGAAGCGCGACAGCUAUGGAGGCGAUGAGCCCCGAACGUCGACGAAAGAACAGGUGGAGAGCGCGCGCGGCUUGAGCGAUGCAACAACUCGCCAUCGCUGGGUCCAGGGACGCUGCCUGAGCGACGCGCAGCAGCCGGCCGCUGUCGUAGAGAUCCGACAGCAGCAGCGAAUAAUUAAUUAA